AUGCUACCUAUUCAAAGAUCACUCUAUAUAAGAAACAGAGGGUCUUUAAACCCUUUUUGUCUUUCAUCUUUCUUAACAUUGAUUACAAGAGGUAAGAGAACUAAAGCUAAUAAAAAUGGAUCAGAUAUUUCACCACAGAUGCAACGUGUAGUGACCCAAUUGAGUGUGAUGAGUGCGCGUAAAAAGCAACCCAAAAUGUUAAAAUUAUCAAAUGAAGACUUAAUCAAGCACCAAACCAUCGAGACAGCAUGGUCUAUCUACCAAGAUAAACUAAAUGGUCAAAGAACGUCAAAGUUAAAAAAACAAUAUUUUGCUAUUGAAGAAGCCAUGAAUAAACUUAGGCAGAUCAACCCAAAAUUAUUUGACAAAUGUAAUAUUGAUGAAAGUGGGAAAAUUUUCCCUAUGGAAUUAAGAAUUCCAACAGAUUAUCCACCAAGAGAAAUAUGGCACUAUAACUAUACACCAAAGAAAGAAUAA